GAGUUAAAUUUCUAGGAGUUACUUUAAGAGUUGAUCGACAUCCUAUCAUCACAAUCAUCAUGGCACAUACUUUGAUCAGCCCAACUAUGAUGUUUGUACACCAUCCAAUUCGGCCAUUCUUCUCCCAGUCACACUUCGGAGGUAACCAUUCUUCCUGUUUGCCACCAACCAUGAGCAACAACAGUUCAACCACAGGCAUUCCCAGCUGUGCCCUAAAUGACAUUCUCCAUUACCAGCAAUUUGUGUCAGGUUUUUUACCAUGGCCAUCACCGCACAUUCCAAGUCCAUCUCCUCGAAGGCAAAGAGAAGAUUAUUAUAAUUAUCCAAGUAAACAGAAUGGAAUGUCAUCGCUGCUGAGUUUGCAGUCAGCCAUAGUUCCUCCUGCUGCACAUAGACUUGCAUUAGCCCAGUCAUCAAAACUGCUUAACCAAUUCCAACAUGUCAAAGAAGAACCCACCACCACUAGUCUUCAGGAUCCACACCAUCUUAACCAACUUCGGCGGCAACAACAUGUGCAACAUUCCAGUCAUUUGAGACAUCAAAAACAACAACUUGAAGAACUACGACUGAAGACAACAGCCCAUAACCAGUUCCACUGUUCUAAUAGCAGUGAAUGUGGCUGUUGUGAAACUGUUGUAAAUUCUUCAAUUGCUAAAAAUAACAGUUGCUGUAAUAGUAAUAAUAAUAAUAGUAACAAUAAUAAUAUUAAGGCUAAUAGUAAUUAUAACAAAGCUAAUAUUGAUGAUGACGGUAGUGGUAGUGAUGACAAAGAUGUUGAAGGUGAUGAUUCCUACAGGUGUAAAUCACCAGCAUUUAAUUUUCGGAAUCUUGGUAAAUCCAUGGAAGCAAUUGAAGAGGCGAAGCAAAAGAGAAAAAGGCAAAUUUCAACGCCGGAACCCGAAAUCGAUGUUGUGACAAUAACAGAGGUUCAUCAUCUUGAAGGAAAAAUAAAUGAGAACAAGCAGCAUCUUGGAAUUUUGGUGGACAGCCCGGAGAAAUCGAUGAGUGUCGCAGACAGCCAACACUUACACAAGCAUCACAAACUAACAACCACGACGACGACCACCACCACCAAAACAGCUGAAUCAAAUAAAGUUGUUUAUAAAUAUGAACUCACCAAAGACAGCAAUAGUAGUAGUAUUAACAGUAACAGUGUUAUUAAUAGUGGUAGUAAUAAUGGUGCUAAUGACAAUAUGUUCACAGAAGUACGAAAAUAUCAGCACUUCCGUCGCCAGCUCUUAAGUAGUCAGCAGUUUCAUAAUAGAUUGCAGGAGUUGCAUCAUAUCAGAACCCCUCGUCGAUUUCAAAAACCUGGAAAUAUCACUACAUCACUGAGAGCUAGAAGAUCUAAAUUUAAAAAAGGUGAGAAACGAGUAUACAUUUGUCAGUAUUGCCAACGAAGUUUCACCAAAGCUUACAACCGAAAUAUCCACGUGAGAACACAUACAGAUGAACGUCCUUAUCAGUGUGAUAAGUGCUUGAAAUGGUUCCGUCGGCGAGAUCACCUUCGAGAUCACAAAUAUACUCAUCAAGAGAAAAAACCAUUUAUUUGUGAAAUUUGUGGGAAAGGUUUUUGUCAGUCAAGAACUUUAAAAUCACAUACAGCUGUUCAUCAUCCUGCAAGGUUACCACUCUGAGCAUCAGCUGAACUUCUGCCAAAUUCCAGCAUGCAAAGAUUUGUUGCCAAAUCAACAGAAAUAUAUUGACGAGAAGUAUGUACAUACAACUGCAAAGAAGGAUUCCUUAAAUUACCUUUUUGUGACAUUUCACACUCAAGCACACAUCCUCAGAGAUGUACUUGCCAGCCAUGUGAAUUCUAUUUGAGACCAUGUGUUGAAACUAAAACAGUUUCAACAUGGAAGUUAAAAAACAAACGAAGACUAAUCAUUGCUAGUCUAAGUAUUGAACUAGCAGUUGUUAUCAGAAUAAAACCUGUUAUCAAGAACCAUUACAUAGUCAAAAUGGUUUUAUAAAACAUUCAUUUAUAUUACACAAUUAAAAUACAUCUUAGGUUGCUCCUUGCAUUUUUUUCCUUUGCAUACACUGCAUGCAGGUCCAUUCAGAUAAAAAAAACAAUAUCUGAAAUUUUCUAAUGUUGAAUGUACAUAUACUGACAUCAUCAUCAUCAUCAUCAUCAUUGUUGUUCUCAAUCUUAGAAAUUGGUUGAAGAUGUAGACUGUGCUGGAGAGAGUGGAGUUGUACCUUUUAUAAACUGGACAACAGAUAAUCUACAACCAACUCUGUCGUGUUACCUGAGCCUGUAAACAAAACCAGAUCUCUUAUUCUGAAAUGAUUAAAGACUUUCUAAUACAGGAAUCAUAAACAUUUGGGGAAAUGAGAUGGCCAAGUGGGUAAUGUAUGAGAGUUAUCUACACACAUAUGCACACACAUAUACACAUCAGUCUGUGUAAAUAAAUUUUUCCCAAACUUUUUGACCAAAUGCCUGCUUAAAAUAUUUGGGUCAGUUGAAAUCUCAAGUGUUUUGCUUCAUUUGUAGGAAGAACACUUAGUAAACUUUGUUUUUGCGAAGAUAAGUUCUCUAUUAUUCAUUCUCUCCAUUGCUCUCUCUCUGGCAAUAAAUAUGUUCCUUCCAUCAUGCAGAACUCUCAUGCAAUUUUGGUGCCACAAAAGCACCCAGUACACUUGAAGUGAUUGGUAAUUAAUUCGAGCAGCAAUAACACAGGGAUUUAGCAAGCUCUUUAGCAUUGCUGAGUACAAGGUAAACCCUAUAGGUGUGGUGCCAUGAA